AUGCAGGUCAAGAACAUCGACACGAUCGGAGCCGACACUCUCUCCCCGAACUCCGCUAGGCUUCCCAACAACCCCCCCUGGCCAAACAUAGGCAUAAUCAAAACCAUCUACCUCUUCACAUCCGACGACAUAACAACCUUCAUCAUCCCCGAAACCCUCUUCGGACUCAGCGCCGCCCUCUCCGGCCCCCUCCUAACAGACAACCCCACCCCAGAACUCCUCCCCAUCCUGUCCCGGAUUCCUGUCGUAAUACUCUGGAACUGGCUCAACCUCUUAAUAUUCAACCUCUCCAACCAGCGCUUCCCCUCCUCCGUAUCCGAAGACAAAAUCAACCGACCCUGGCGACCCCUCCCCGCCGGCCUAAUCACCAGCACCCAAACCCGCCACCUCCUCCUCCUCAUGAUCCCCAUCGUCCUCGGAGUAAGCAUCUACCUCUCCGCAUGGGAAGAAACCGCCCUCCUGUACACCCUAAACUGGACAUACAACGACCUCGGCGGCGGCGACGACGGCUUCGUUCUCCGGAACGUAUUACUCGCCAUAGCCUUCUCGCAAUACAACAAGGGAUCCUUACGCGUCGCCACCUGUGGGAAAUUUGACAUUCCCCCGCGCACAUGCUGGUGGAUUCUCAUUACCAGCGCCCUCAUCGGGACAACUAUGCAUAUCCAGGAUAUCAAGGAUAUGGAGGGUGAUCGUGCCAAGAAUCGUCGGACGGUUCCGAUUGUUUGGGGGGACGGGCCGGCCCGGUGGUCCGUUGCGGUUCCGGUUGUGGUGUGGUCGGUUGUGUGUCCUGCGUUUUGGGGGUUGGGUGUGCUGGGGUAUGUCUUGCCUGUUGGGGUGGGGGUGGCUAUUGCGUGUCGGACGUUGUUGCUGCGGGGUGUGGCUGCGGAUAGGAUGACUUGGAAGAUGUGGACGGCGUGGACGGGGGUCAUUUGGAUGUUGCCGUUGUUCAAGGAUCAUGGUGUUUUUGUCCGGUCUUGGGGUAGUUUGGGUUGA